AUGCCAAGUCCUGUUAUCCCACGUUCGAAAUCAGCCCCCGAUAUCAACAGCCCCGAUUCGCCCUCGAACGAACCCGCUUCAACCAAGUCCGUCCGAUCAUCUCGCUCGACAGGGUCACCCGUAACUACCACACCAUGGCCCACAAAAUUAGCCGAAUACAUCAAAUCGAAACCCAAGAACUCGGACCUAACCGAAGAGAGGCUCCACGAGUUCAACAGAAGAUACGCAAACAAUACAAGCAGCAGCCCUUACUACAAGGGCUUAACCGACUUUUCGCUCGUGAUCAACCGAGAGAAGCUUUCCGGAUCGAGCCCCGGGAGAGAGAGCCACGCUGCGACGAGCUUCGUCAGUUCUGGUUCGAGGACGAGCUUCGUUGUCAAGGUGCAAGAAUGGGGUUCCUCUUGCUUUACAUCGAAAAGGAACGAGAGAACAAGUUUGUCGUCUUCGGCUUCUUCUUCUUCUUGGACAAAAAGCUCCUCCUCGACGAAACAAUCUCACGACACGAGGUUCAUGACUUCAUCUUCCUCGUCAGCAUCAUCGAAAGUCACGGAAACUAACAUAAAGACUAUGAGAAACGACUCUCAAUCUGAGAAGAAGAAAGUUACUUUUCCCAAUACCACGCCAACUACGGAGAAGCCGUUAAGGGAGAGAGAUACCGAACCGCAGCCAUCUAUGCUGCCGCUACCACCGCCAACCGUGUCACCACCGGAGUUAUUACCAUAUCCACUACCACUGAUCUCACCGCCGCAGCCGCCGGCUGUGCAAGCACCACCACCACCACUAGCUUGGACACCAGGUGCCGGAGGAGGAAACGAAAGAGAGUACGUCUGGGCAGAUACGUAUCGGCCUUAUUGGCUGCAAGAAUUUCUGUGCAAUAGGAAUAAAGCUCUUUGGCUAAAGAGCAUUGUAAGAAACUGGCACGACAAAGCCGAGCAAUGCGGUCACUUCAUAUUCGAAGGGAAUCCCGGGGUCGGAAAGAGAACCAUGAUCUGGGCUUUGCUUCGAGAAGCUUUCGGAGAAGACAAAGUACAGGCAAGAGAAGAAUGCAAGAAAUUUUACUUGAAGGGAGAAGCAGUGGGUAGCAUCUUCGUGAAUUUAUUGGUUUCGCCGCAACACGUCGAAGUCAACCUUUCUGAACUUAAAGGUUACGAGAAGCAUAUCAUCGUCGAACUUAUUAAAGAGAAAAAUAAUAUCCCGUCUGAUACAACGACUUUGAACUGCAAUGGCGAUAACUGUAAAGCCAUUAUUCUACACGAGGCGGAAAAACUGUCCACCGAUGCACUGUCGUAUAUCAAGUGGAUGCUAGAGAGGUUUAAAGGAUGCAACAAGGUAUUCUUUUGCUGUAGUGAUGCCAAAAAGCUUCAGCCGAUAGUGCCACUCUGCACGUAUGUUCAACUCCUUGAACCUUCGGUUGAAGAGAUUCUCGAAGUUUUGGCAUUCAUAGCAAAGAGAGAAGGGAUACAGUUACCUCAACCGUUGGCGUAUAAAAUCGCGAUCAACUCCAAGAACAACUUGAGACAGGCUAUACGCUCGUUCGAAGCCACGUGGCACUUCAGUGGCUGCAGUGACUCUCUUAAGGAAGACCAAGAUAUCAAAAUGGGUUGGGAAGAUAGAAUAGCCAAUAUUGCUAAAAAUGUUCUAAAAGAGCAAAGCCCAAAGCAGCUGUAUAAUAUCCGUGGAGAACUUCAAAACCUUAUAGAGCACAAUGUAGCUCCUGAGUUCAUAUUCCAAAGUCUCAAGGAUGAACUGAAAAACAUUCUGCCUGAGGAGUUAAAACAACAAUUUGACCACCUUUACGACGAAUAUCAAAUAUGCGUAUUGCUCGGAGUUUCCAUACGGUUGCUUUACCAGGUGCAACACUCUCGUGACAAAAAUGCAUCGUUAGAGAAGGCGAAAGUUUUCUCAAAUAUUGAAGAUGAAGGAGAUCGUAUCAAGUUAGGGAGAAAGGAUCUCCAGCCGAUAAGCGAGCAAAAAGGUAUUUUUGAUGAGAAGGAGAAAAAGGAUGAUCAUCAAAUGAAGGAGAAAUCACAUUUCGAUAAUGAAAAUAAGCCGGAGAAUGAUAGUAAGGAGAAUAGUGAGGAUAAUACGGAGGGCGAAGAGAAGGAAAUAAUGGUGACAACGGGCAACGAUGAGGAUGGAGAAACAAGUAAAGAGAAUGAGAAUAUUGAGCAUGAUGGGAAAGAAGAGAAUGGAUAG